AUGAAUUUUCUAAAAAAUGUUGACUUCUUUGGUGUUCCUUUUUUACAAAAUAUAAAUCAGCAACAAACAUUGUAUAAAAGCGCAUUAGGAGGGUUUUUAAGUGUAUUUAUUGGCAUCACAAGCUUGGCUUAUUCAUUUUGGAUAAUUUAUUUAUGGAAUAGUAAUUAAAUGAGUCCAAAGAUUUCUAAUUCAAAGUAUGUUUCUGAUUAUUCUCUACUAAAUUUCAACUCAGGGAAAAUCAGUGUUUAUUAUGAAGCUUAUGAAGGAGUAAUAGAUCCUUUUCAAUCACGAAUUUUACUACCUUUAGUAAUGUAUACGGAAAAUUUUCUUCCUACAUAGAUAAAACUGAUUGAAGAUAGUGUAGAUGCUUCUAAUGGAAAAUUGUAUGUACCAAAUUUAGAUUUGGGUUAUACAUUUAUUGAUGGGUAUUAAUAAACAUCGAAAUAAAUGUACAUAUUCAUAUCACUUUGUGAAGAAAAGUAUUUAAAAGAAGAUGAAAAAUGUGGUUCAGCCGAAUUAAGGGAAUAAUUUUUUCAACAGCGCAUUAAUUUUUUUGGUGUACAAGUAGAAUCAACAACUUUAGAUUCUAGAGAUGGAUCAGAAUAAAUAACAAUUUAAGAUAUAUAUAUUGAACUUGAAUAGUAGAGUUGCUAUUCAAUAAGUACAUUUCUUGAGACCAAUUUUUAUGAAAUUUAAGAUUAUUUAUUAUUUGGAACUUCUAAAUAAAAGGAAUAUAUUAGUGGUGCAAAAGUAUAAACUCAAUCUCUUUCAUCAGAAAGAUGUAAAUUAACCUAUUAAAAUGAAGCAUUGGCUGUAAUCUAUGUUGCAAUGAAUGGAACAUAAACAAAAACAAUAUUUUAAUAUCCAAAAUUGGGAGAUCUUUUAGCAAACAUAGGAUCUAUUAUAUCAAUACUCUUCAUGUUUAAAUAUAUCAUUAUCUAUAUGAAUCAAUAUUCAUUAAACUAAAAAGUAUUAUCUGAUUUGAUGAAUUUAUAUUAUCCAGAAUUUAAAAAUAUUAAAAUCAUUAAAAAUUGGAGAUUUAAAGUAACAAAAAUUACUCUAAAUCAUGUCUAAGUAGAUUAGAUUGAGUAUUAUAAAAUUUAUGAUAAGAUUAAAAAGUAAAUGCAAUAGAAACUAAGUUAUAUGAAUUUAUUGUAUGAAAUAUCAAGAAUAUAUCUUAUAAUAAGAUCCAUUAAAUUAAGAGAUGAACUUUUAAAAUCUCAUCAAAUAGGAAUUAAAUUAAAUCUUUCAACUGUUAAAGAAGAUAAUUAUCUUUCAAAUUAUAGGUCUGAUUAAAAAAUUAAUACAUAAGCCGAACCUUUUAUUUUGAAUGAAGAUGAUGCUGAAUUGUUAUCACUUUCAAAAAGGGGAAACCAAAAAUAUAUUGAAACGAUUCCUGAGGAAAUCUAUAAUGAAGUAGAUUAUUAUUAUCUAAAUAAAAUAAUUUGA